GGGACUCAGUUCUCCUCCUCAGACCCUAAGGGUCUGGGGCAUGGGCCCCCGAACCCUCGCAUUGUUGCUGUCGGGGGCCCUGGCAGUGGCCGAGAUCUGGGCGGGCUCCCACUACCUGAGGUAUUUCUCCACCGCGGUGUCCCGGCCCGGCCGCGGGGAGCCCCGGUACUGGGAAGUCGGCUACGUGGACGACUCGCAGUUCGCGCGGUUCGACAGCGACUCUGCCAGUCGGAGGAUGGAGCCGCGGGCGCCGUGGGUGGAGCAGGAGGGGCCGGAGUAUUGGGACCAGGAGACGCGGAGGGUCAAGCACAACGCGCAGGCUUUCCAAGUGAGCCUGAACACCCUGCGGGGCUACUACAACCAGAGCGAGGCCGGGUCUCACACCUUCCAGUGGACUUAUGCCUGCGACGUGGGGGCCCACGGGCGUCUCCUCCGCGGGUACCAGCAGUGGGCGUACGACGGCGCGGAUUACAUCGCCCUGAACGAGGACCUGCGUUCCUGGACCGCGGCAGACACCGCGGCGCAGAUCACCCUCCGCAAGUGGGAGGUGGCCGGUGAGGCAGAGCGCUACAGGAACUACCUGGAGGUCACGUGCGUGGAGUGGCUUCGGAGGCACCUGGAGAACGGGAAGGAGACGCUGCUGCGCUCAAAACCCCCCAACACACACGUGACCCACCACCCCAUCUCUGACCGUGAUGUCAUCCUGAGGUGCUGGGCCCUGGGCUUCUACCCUGUGGAGAUCACUCUGACCUGGCAGCGUGAGGGAGAGGACCUGACCCAGGACACAGAGCUUGUGGAGACCAGGCCUGCAGGAGAUGGGACCUUCCAGAAGUGGGCUGCUGUGGUGGUGCCUUCUAGAGAGGAGCAGAGAUACACAUGCCAUGUGCAGCAUGAGGGACUGUCUGAGCCCAUUACCUUGAGAUGGGAGCCUCCUCUUCCCAUCGUCCUCAUCACAUGGAUCAUUGCUGGUCUUGUGGUCGCUGUGGUGAUUGGAGCUGUGAUCUGGAGGAAGAAGUGCUCAGGAUCCCACGGUCUUUGUUAUAACCUCACAGUGGUGUCCCAGGAUGAAUCUGUGCAUCGGAGAAUUUUUGCUGAAAGACACUUGGAUGGUCAGGCCUUCCUGCACCAUGACAACAAGAAAGAUGUGGCAGAGUCACAGAGAUUAGGGGCCGAAGCAAUCCGGGGACCUGAGACAUGGGCAACAGAGACCAAGGGCUUGAGAGACACCGGGAAGGAAUUCAGAAUGAGUCUGGAAGACCUCCUGGCCCUGCAGGCACCAAGAAGAGGAGAUCUGGGACUGGGAGAUCCAAGAAGACAACUGCACCAGGGUCUUCAGGCAUUUCCACUGUGAUGGGGAGCCCUUCCUCUCCUAUGACUUGAAUACCCAUGGAUGGACAGUUCCCUGCUCUUCCACA